AUGCGUUUCUCUAUUGCCGCUCUCGCUCUCGGUGCUACUGGUGCCAUGGCCGGUGUUGUCACCGAGACCCUCACCGAGUACACCACCUACUGCCCUGAGGCUACCUCUAUUGUACACGGAAGCCACACCUACAGCAUUUCCACCCCCGGCUACAUCACCAUGAGCCACGGUCCCUACACUGUCACCCGUCCCAUCUCGACCUCCACCGUGACUGAGUGCAACUCCUGCUCUUCCACCGCCGUGGUCUCUACUCCCGUGGCCUCUGCUCCUGUGGCAUCUGCUCCCGCGCCCUCUGCUCCCGUGGUCUCUACUCCCUUGGCCUCCAGCCCCGUGGCCAGCAGCAGCACUCCCCUCAUCCCCGUCGUCCCCAGCGUCGUCACCUCCACCCCUCUGGUCCCCACCGCCGGCUCCACUGGCGUGCCCAGCGUUCCCUCCAGCCCCUCCAGUGCUCCCUCCAGCCCCUCCAGCGCUGUUACCCCCUCCCAGCCCGCCUUCAACACCGGUGCCAUGAACGCCGCUACCGGUGCUGGUGCCGGUUUGGCUGCCAUCCUUGGUGCCGUUGCUCUCCUGCUGUAA